AUGAAAAUAUCUCCAAAUCUUUAUUGUAAUCAAUGUUUUCCUUUUUGCAUUCAAUGUUAUAAUGAUGUUUGUGUAAAAUGUUAAGAAGGAUAUUAUCUAAAUUAAAGAAAUUAAUGUGUUUCUCAAUGUGGAUAUGGAAUACUUGCUUAUGAUGAGCAACGUGAAUUUAACGAUAAGGAUUGUUUUAGUUGUUAGAUUAUAAAACCUCAAUAUUGUAAAUAUUUUCAUGAAAUUUGUUUACUUUGUUAAUAUAGCUAUUAUUUAGAACUUGUGAACAAUUCCUGUUAGUCUAUUUGUGGAGAUAACAUAAUUGCUACCAAUGAAGAAUGUGAUGAUGGUAAUGAAUUUAAAUAUGAUGGAUGUUAUAAUUGUAAAUAUCAAUGCCGAUAGGAAUGUUCAGAUUGUCAAUUGGGUAAGUGUGUUGAAUCUGUGGAUACUUUUUUUUUGAAUUAAUCUAUUAGUAAGUGUGAAAAUUUGAAAUUAUGUGGAGAUUAAGUAGGACUAUAUUAUGAUAGUUAUACAAAUAAUUGUAUUCCUAGAUGUGGAGAUGGGAUAUUAGCUGGCAAAGAAGAAUGUGAAGAUAGUAAUAGUGUUCCUUAUGAUGGUUGCUAUGAAUGUUAUUAUUAAUGUAAUAAGAAUUGCAUUAAUUGCUUAAAAGGGAUUUGCUUUGAGUGUAUAUUAGGAUUGUAUUUAAAUCAACAAAAAUGUGUGUCUAAAUGUGGAGAUGGAAUUAAGAAUGGAAAUGAGUUAUGUGAUGAUUAAAAUGAUAUACCUAGAGAUGGAUGUACUUAAUAUAAUGUUGAUCCAAAUUAUAAAUGUUAAGAAGAUAAUAAUAAUUUAAGUUUUUGUUAUAAAUGUUAGGAUAAUUGUAUUGAAUGUAAUUAUAAAGAUUCAACAAUUAUUGAAUGUUUGAAAUGAGAUAGUGGAUAUUUUCUGAAAGAUAAUACAUGUAAUAAAUGUUCAGAUAAAUGUAAAGAAUGUGAAAAUACUCCUAAUAAUUGUAAAAUAUGCACAAGUCAAGAUUGUUAAGUAUGUGAUAAUAUCUCUGGUUUAUAUUUAGAUAAAUAAUUAUAAUCAUGUGUUACUAAAUGUGGAGAUAAUAUUAUUGCAGGAAUUGAAUAAUGUGAUGAUGGUAAUAAUAUAGAUAAGGAUGGGUGUAAUUCAAAAUGCAAUAUUGAAAAAGAUUUUAUUUGUAAAUAAGGUGUUUGCUAUGAACCACCCAAAAAAAAAAUUGAUUUUUCUUACAAAAAUUCUACUACUACAAGUGAUAUUGAUUUGUUAUUUGAUGAAUUAGAAUUAGAAGUUAUAUGUGAUAAAUUAAAAAUCAAUAUAGAUGAAUUUUAUUAAAAUGAAUUUAAUUAUUAAGUUUUCAAAAAAUCUGAGAUGUAAGAAAAUAUGUCUGGAUGUGAGAUCAGGUUGAAUUUUUUCAAAACUAUUUUAGAAUAUAAUCUAAUUCAUUUGCUUAUUCCUUUAGUUAAAGAAUCAAAUAGGUUUCUAGAUGAAGAAAUUAGAGAAAUUGUGAUAACUCCAAGGAAAUAAGUCUAUUAUAAUUAAUAAUAAUAAGAGUAAGCAAAAAGUAUAGUAUCAGCAUAAAUUACUUUUACAUUUUUACUUCAAUUAAUUGGACCUUUAACAAUAAUUUUAGGAGGAUUUAAUUUUUUUGGACUAUUUUAGAUAUAUUGA